UUAAACUUGUAAAUAAACACCAUUAAAUAAUAAAUAUUUUACAUAAAAUACAUACAUACAUAGCAAAAAUAAUAAUUGAAUUAAUUUAUUAACGUAUUAUUUCUUCAUCUACUUAAUGUAGCUUAAUAAGUUUUAAAAUGGUUGAAGAUUCCAGUUUAAAUUCCAAUAAAUCAAAGACUAAAACUACUCGUCCGAAAGCCGUAUACUUGUGGACCGAAGCAGACGUACAAAAGUGGUUACGACGUCACUGCAGCGAUUACUAUAAUUUGUACUGGGAGAGAUUUCAUGAGCAUGAUAUAACAGGCAGAGCCUUGGUCCGCAUAAAUGACAACACAUUACUUAGAAUGGGAAUAACUAACAAAGAACAUAGGGAAGCUAUUUGGAGGGAGAUACUGAAACUACGACUGAAGACUGACAUUGUUGAAAUAAGGGAUUUGGAGAGAAGGCAUUAUUACUUUAACUAUGACUUGUGACAAAAGAAAAUGACUGUUAAAAUUGACAAAUAAACCUUAAGUCAUAAUGUUUCAGUGAUAGAUUAGUUUACUAAUACUUCAAAAGUAACUUGUAUCAAUCCUGAUAUGGUUAAUUAGUGCCUUUAAAAUAAUGCUUUUUAUUAAUUAUUUAGUUAUAAUUAAAGUAAAUAUAUAUACUAUAAGCGAGAUAUAUAAUAAUAUACAA